AAUUGGCGCGCUUUUAGACACUCGCAAAGGCUUCUGGGUGCUUCAUGCGAGAAGAUGGCGUCUAAUGCGGACAAGACAGAGCAAGCCUCUGCUGAGGCAAACAGAGAUGUCCAGGAAGAGACAGAACAUUUCUCUGAACAACCGGACGUCCAGGAGGAUAACACCACUAGCCAUCAGGAGAAUAGCCAGACAGAGGAUAACAGCACAGAGACCUCACAGGAGGAGCCCCAAACACUGUAUGUCGCUAUUCAGCCAGGUGCCAACAUGGAGAAUCCCCAAGUGGAACAGCCUGCCGUCUAUGUGGAGGUGGUAGAGGCAGGAAAUGGCGCAGAGAUUGAGUCUGGUGACCAGCAUGUUGUCCAGCAGGAGAUGAUCAUCGAUCAAAGUGGGAGCACCCAGACAGACGUGACAACCAUUCCAACAACUGUACUGUCACAAGUCGUAGACCAGGCAACCCUCUCCACCAUGCAGGCAGAGAUGAUUGCUGUACAGGUGCUCUCCCAGUCUGCGUCAGGAGACAUCCAGUACUUGCAGCAGCAGUCUCAUGCCCAGUUCAUCCCAAUAGUGUCUGCAACAGAUGCAAACGCCUUGUCAAAUUUGCAAGCGACAUUGAGUCAGAUGCCUUUAGGCGCUUUCCAAAUUGCCUCGAGUCAGUCAGGUGGUGCCACCCAUACCAUAACUCUUCCUGGAGGUCAGACCAUCCAGGUACCAAUUACGCAGGUUGCAGUCAGCUCAUCCGGUACGGAUGUGUCCUCUGCUACUACCACUAACAUGAUGGCUACCACCACUGAGGCCAUCAUCGCGGCGGCUGCGGCUGGUGAGGCAGCGGGUCAGGGCGGGGCAGCUGAGGGCUUGUCUGAGAUGGGGCAGCAUCUAGAAGAGUCAGAGAUUCCCGAGGAUCACGAGGAAGGAGAGGAAGGAGAUGAUGAUGAUGGCAAACCCAAGUACACAUGUGACAUUUGCCACAAGUCGUACAUCCGCUCCUGGUCCUACUACGGCCACAUGCGGGAACAUGCCUCCGGGGAGAAGCAACACAAGUGUGAAGUUUGUGGCAAAGUUUUCAAUUAUGCCAGUAACCUGCGGCAACACAUGCUGAUCCACACAGGUGAGAAGCCCUAUGAGUGUGAGUAUUGUGACAAGGCCUUCAGUAACCCAAGUUCCCUGCGUUCCCAUGUGCUGUCGCACUCGGAGGAGAGACCUUUUGUCUGUGACCAGGAGGGAUGUGGCAAGUCAUUUAACAACCCUGGCUCACUACGAGUGCAUCGGCGAGUGCACCAAGAAGACAAGCCGCAUAUCUGUGAACAUGAAGGUUGUGACAAGGCAUUUAAGACAGCCGCUGAGCUGUCACGCCAUGCCUUCCGUCACACUGGAGAAAAGCCCCAUAAGUGUGACCAGUGCGAGAAAGCCUUCAUUCGCUAUGACGACCUCAAGCGUCACUACAGGAUUCACACCGGGGAGAAGCCAUUCAAGUGUGACCAGUGUGAUUUUGCAUGCAUCCAGUCGUUCGACCUUGUCAAGCACAAGUUCACUCACAGUGGGGACAAGCCGUACAAGUGUGACUCUUGCCCGAAGCAGUUUACACGCCCCGCCCGCCUCAGGGAUCACAUGCGGACCCAUACAGGCGAAAAACCCUAUGUAUGUGAUGUGUGCGGCAAGGGUUUUGCAAUCCAGACAGGAUUAAAGUCCCACCAGUCAGUCCAUACAGGCGACAAGCCAUUCAAGUGUGAUGAGUGUGAGAAGACUUUCCGCACAGCACUGGAACUGCAGGCUCACAUGGGCCGCCAUACUGGUGUAAAGCCCUUUAAGUGUGACAUUUGUGACAAGGAGUUCAUCUCUGCCAUUACCUUCAAGCGUCAUGCGAUUGUACACACAGGUGAGAAGCCAUACGAGUGCCAGGAGUGUGGUAGAAGAUUCGCACGCUCAACUGACCUGAAGGUUCAUCUACCAGUACAUAGCGAGGACAAGCCGUACAAGUGUGGCGAGUGUGAGAAGAUGUUCACACGCUUCAGUACCCUGAAGGAACACAUCAGAACACACACUGGCGAGCGUCCAUUCAAGUGUGAUGAGUGUGGACGUGAGUUCAACCACCGAAGCCACUUCAACAAUCACUUGCGCAUUCACACGGGUGAAAAACCCUUCAAGUGCGACACAUGUGACAAAGACUUCUCUCGCAAGGCUAGUCUGCGCUACCACAUGAAGGUUCAUUCCAAGUCUGGUGGUCGCACACGCACACCCAGCAAGAAACGCUUCAUGGAGGACGACGCUGAGAUGAUUGACAGCUCCUCUAUGACUGAGCCAGAAAGCACUGUCAACGUCAGUCACCUUGGAAGCGAGGCUGAUGUCCAGCUAGCCGAGGCUCUGGUCGCCGUCAGCGAGUCAGUGAUUGGUGCAGAGGGAGGCAUGGAUACGGCACAUGUGGUUGCCGUGGAAACCACGGGGCAUGAGGGCGACGAGGGAGUUAUGCAGGGUCAGACGUCUGGUCAAAUUAUGAUCGAUCCGGUCUCCCAGGCAGCAGUGAACGCCGGGAUUUCUGCCAGUGACGCAGCUGAAGUGCUCGUCCAAUCAGCGGUCAGCACCUACUCGCAAAACCACGUGUCUAAUCAGAUCAUCGAGGUCACAACAUCAGACCAUGUGAGCCAGGGUAGCGAUGCCAGUCACGCCCAGAUGGUAGCUGACGCCAUUGCGCAAGGCUCAAUUAAUCCAAAUCAGGUCGCCAUAAUGCAGCUGUCACAAGGUACACACGUGGCCGUACCUGUGUCGGGUAUUGACAUGGAGACCAUGAACACGACCGUCCCUGCCGAGAUCCUUGCCGCGAUGGCCGCCGCCCAGUCUAGCAUGCUGUCCACCACAGCGAGUGGAGAGCAGCAACCGACGGUAACUAUCUCCUCACAGCCAAUGCAGCCAUUACUCGCAGAAGGGCACCAAGUCGGAGAUGAAACACAGCAGGCGGAGGGAGGGGAGGAAGGGAGCACACAGGUCACACUGGAGGAGGCCCAGGAAGAAAUGGAGACACAGUGAAUGGUAGAGAACAACAGAGCGAGAAUGAGGGAAAGGUCACUGGAGGAGGCCCAGGAAGAAAUGGAGACACAGUGAAUGGUAGAGAACAACAGGGCGAGAAUGAGGGAAGAAUCACGCAUGUACCUCUAGAGGAAGACAUAGAGGAAGAAGUGUGAAGAAGGCAUAAAAUAGUAAGAUGAAUAGAGGCAAAAGAUAGCAUGAAUGGUUGGAAACUUAAAGUGGCAGGGAUAAAGUAAAGGGCACAGAAGAAAUAGACGUGUGUGAAAAAAUAGAGUAUAAAUACUCAAACCCAGAGAUGGCACUGAGACAGAAUCGAAUCAUCGAAAAGCCGGCAGCACAAUGAUAUUCUUCACUUCACAGUGAUAUUUGUAAAUAUGUACAUCUUCAUUGUUUGACGCAGUAACUAGUUUCCACGAAGGACAGCACUGUUCUUGCCCUGUGGCCACUAGUAACUUGUCAGCGAAUGGACGGCUAGCGUCUUGUAAUUUCUUCUAUAGGGUAGUCCUUAAUAUAUUUUAAUGUCUUGACGGAGUUUCCAAUAUUUUAUAAACCAUUUCCAGUUUCUCGCUUGUGUGAUUCUUAUUUCUGUAAGUUGAUAUUUUUUGCAACAGAUCCAUACUUAUAGCAUUUUGUCUGGGUUAAUAAAGGUGUAUCUCCUUUAUGGUGGUGAUGAUAAGGUGCAUCACCUUAAUGGCGGUAAUGAUAAGGUGCAUCACCAUCAUGAUGAACAAUGCUAUUAAGGGUGACAGGGCCAUGUUGUAAGUCUUAUCUUUCUAUCUGACAAUCACUAAUAAAACGUGUUUUAAAACCUUGAA